AUGGAGCAAAUCAAACUCUCACAUCCUCUAGUGCAGCUGAUGCCUUCACCCGAGCGCAGCUCCGAGUCGACAUGGACGCGCAGGUCUCAGCCGGAGUUGAGUCAGGGAAUGUCACCGGAAUGGUCCGAAUUGAGCCUCGAAAAUUGGGUUGAUAACACUCGGAGCAUGGAGGAUAUAAAGAGAAGCUAUGAACAUCUUGAGAGCGUUGAGUUAAAGAUGUGUUGUCUAUCUCUUUCAAUAUUCCCUCCUGAUUCUGUCAUAAAGAAGAGGCCUCUGAUUUACUGGUGGAUUGGCGAGGGUUUCGUUACAACUACUCAAGGCAGGACAGCUGAAGAGACAGGUGAGGAAAUCUUUCGGAAACUCAUAACCUCGGGUUUGAUUCAAGUUCAACCACAUAAUGCAUUUAGUUCUAUAGUUGUGAAUAGUUGUACAGUGCAUCCUUGGGUUCGUCAUAUGUUGGUCUCCUUGGCCAAGCACGCUAAGCUUUUCGACUUCGAUUCAAGAUGGCCAAGGAUGCCGUCUUAUAGUAAAGAUAGUAUUUCAAGUUGUAGACGUGCAUGUUUAGUUUAUGACAACCCAAUUUCUGAGGGGUCUAAUGGCCGGAAAGUGGAGGAUCUGUUGACAGUGUUCAAUGUGAACGAACAGUAUCUUAGUUUGAAACGGGAAUGGCUUAGGAAGUUGAAAAAAGUUGAGGUGAUUCAGCUAGGACGGUGGCAGAACUCGGCUUCGCAUCACAUUGAAGUUGAAGAUAAAGGGUUUUUGAAAGGUUUAGGGGCUCAGAAUAAGCUCUUGAAGUAUCUUAGCCUCAGAGGGAUAUCAGGAAUUACCAAACUCCCUUCUUCUAUCUUGAAGUUUCUCAACCUUGAAAUUCUUGAUCUGAGGGCAUGCCACAGCUUAGAGACAUUGCCUCCAGAUAUCUCACCAUUGAGGAAUCUCACGCAUUUCGACAUAUCCGAGUGUUACUUGCUAGAAGCAAUGCCGAAAGGAAUUGAGAAGCUGUCUUCUCUUCAAGUGCUAAAAGGCUUUGUGAUUGGGGAUUCGGAAGGAACUCCCUGCAGAAUUGGUGAUCUUGCACAGCUGAGGCAUCUAAAGCGGCUCAGUAUACACAUGGGCAAUCAAGCUGAAGUUCAAAAGGGGGAGUUCCACAAAUUGGAGGAAAUUGUAUCUCUUCGCCACCUCAAACUAUCAUGGGGAGUUGUUUCUCCAAACUUGAAAGCAAAAGUUGCCUUCCAAUCCUUGGACUUGGAUUAUGGAGAGACUGACAAGUGGACAGUUGAAGUCUUGCGUCUCAAGCACUUGAAUAAUUUGGAGAUAGCUUUCCCAAAGUUGAAGGAUGAGUUUCCUCGUCUGCACUAUUUGGAGAAAAUCAACUGUCAUGAGAUUGAAAAGGAUCGAUACGAUGAAGACAUUGUUUGGAGUGAAUAUGCAGAGUACACAUGCAUAUGA